AUGUUAUUAUUAGUUGUUUCGAAGAAAUUUGCAACUUCAGGUUGGUCAAUUGAAGGUAAUAAUUUGUUUGAUGAUGAAGAUGUAUUUGAUGAGUUUUCUAAAUCCAAGAGGGACGUCGAAGCUCUUUUCGGCAUGUGUGAGGAUGGCAACGAUGGUUACGCAAUUUAUGCUGGUGGUCAAGGAUGUAUGACAAUCGAUGACGUUUAUGGAGUUCAAAUACUUGAUGAGCCAACAGAUGAACCAGUGAAACAGAAAAUGCAUCUACUGCAAAUGAUGGGACAACUGAGAUAAUUCCUGAAUUGACAACAAGGUGGGUAGACUCAACUAGUCAAGCACAAGGAUCAGCAACAUCUUAUACUACAAUAUUUACAAGCUCAAAUGAUUUAGGUAAAUUAAUUAACUAUUGAUGUGGCCAUUAUUCAUAUUGAUGAAAAUAGAAGUACAAGUACUCAAUACGUUCAAUUAACAACUUCAAGAUGCAUAACUACUAAUGGUGUUUAUACUAUGGCAAAUGGAAUUGUUGUAGAAUUAAUUUAAGGAGAUUUCGAAUGGAGAUAUGCUUCAUUGAUAACUAAUUCAAUAACACCGACGCGAACAUUGACUAAAUAGAGUGAUAUAGUUCCACAAGAAACUAGCGAGUUGUCAAUGUCUAUUCAAUAUGUAACUAAAGUUAUUAUUGAUUAUGGGGAACAAUAUGCAAAAGGUGAACAAGGUGAAGAAAUUACAAUUGUUGAAACUAUAAUUUAUUGUGGUGAAAAACAAUGCAAGAAAGGACAAGAGAAUUAA